UGUGCAGGGGUGUCCCUGGGCGUAUAUGCAGCUAGGUCCGAUGAACCUGGCCCAGAGGGCCUCACCUCCACCUCUCUGCUGGACCUCCUGUUGCCCACUGGCCUGGAGCCAUUGGACUCAGAGGAGCCCAGUGAGGCCAUGGGACUGGGAGCUGGCCUGGGAGCCCCUGGGUCAGGCUUCCCUAGUGAAGAGAGUGAAGAGUCCCGAAUUCUGCAGCCACCACAGUACUUCUGGGAAGAAGAGGAGGAGCUGAAUGACUCUAGUCUGGACCUGGGACCCACUGCAGAUUAUGGUUUUCCAGACUUGACUGAGAAGGCAGGUCCCAUAGAGGACACCAGCCAGGGUCAAGAGGCGUCCAGCCUCCCCCCUCCCUUGCCUAAGAUGAACCUGGUAGAGCCACCCUGGCAUAUAGCUCCUGGAGAGGAGGAAGAGGAGAAGGAAGAGGUAGAGAAAGAAGAGGAAGAGGAGAAGGAGGAACUGCUGCCUGUAAACAGAGCCCAAGAAGAAGCCCAAACUCAGGUCCACGACUUGUCUCCCACCAGCAGCAGCCAGACUCCCCUGGCUCCCAAACACAGGCAUGAAGAUUCUGGGGACCAGGCCUCCUCAGGUGUGGAGGUAGGGAGCAGCAUGGAGCCAAGCCUGUCACCACCCUCAUUCACCCCAAGCACAGUGACCCUGGGGGGUCAGGACUUCACCAGCCAGGAGACAGGGGGCACAGUGCUGCCAGCUGCAGGGCGUGAGGUAGAGUUUGAGGCUCCUCAGGAGGCCAUUGAAGAGGCUACUAUAGGAAUCGCUGUAUUGGCUGGCACGCAAGGGGAGGUGCUGUCCUUGGCCUCAUUCCCUCAAGCAGAAGCCCCCAGUGGGGCUGAAACCCCAAAUGAAGACCCCCUUUACCCUGGAGCUUCAGCUGCUUUACCCCUGGCCCCCCAAGACAUGGAGCUGACACCUUCCUCUACUACCUUGGGACAAGAAGACCUCAGCCAGCAGCCCCAGGAAAGGCAGGCUGCCGAAGCUCAAUCCAGAAUCCCCUGGGAUUCUACUCAGGUGGUCUGCAAAGACUGGAGCAAUCUCGCUGGGAAAAAUUACAUCAUUCUGAACAUGACAGAGAACAUAGACUGUGAGGUGUUUCGGCAGCAUUGGGGGCUGCAACUCCUGGCCCUGGUGGAGGAGGUGCUACCCCGCCAUGGUAACGGCCACCACGGGGACUGGCACAUCUCCCUGAGCAAGCCCAGUGAGAAGGAGCAGCACCUUCUAAUGACCUUGGUGGGCGAGCAGGGGGUGGUGCCCACUCAAGAUGUCCUUUCUAUGCUGGGUGAUAUCCGCAGGAGUCUGGUGGAGAUUGGCAUCCAGAACUACUCCACAACAAGCAGCUGCCAGGCCCGGGCCAGCCAGGUGCGUAGUGACUAUGGGACACUCUUUGUGGUGCUGGUGGUCAUCGGCGCCAUCUGUGUGAUCAUCAUUGUGUUGGGCCUGCUCUACAACUGCUGGCAGCGACGGCUGCCCAAGCUCAAACAUGUGUCGCACGGCGAGGAGCUGCGCUUCGUCGAGAACGGCUGCCACGACAACCCCACGCUGGACGUGGCCAGCGACAGCCAGUCGGAGAUGCAGGAGAAGCAACCCAGCCUGAACGGCGGCGGGGCCGUGAACGGCCCGGGGGGCUGGAGCGCGCUCAUGGGGGGCAAGCGGGACCCUGAGGACUCGGACGCGUUUGAGGAGGACACGCACCUGUGAGGGCUUGCGCGCCGGCGCCGCGCCCUGACCAGCGGGGCGAACCCAAGGCGCACAGUUGUGCCCCCUCCUUCUCGCCUCCACCCCCCGCAGCCAGGUUCCCGGUGCCGGCUCCUCCCGCUCCCUACCCAAAACAGUCUUGG